AAGAUCAAUGACAAUCAAGAUUAAGGUUAAACGAAUGUUAUGAAAUUUUGAAGUUAAUAUGUCUAAAUUCUUAUAUAAAUUAAACCAGUUCUGAUCCAAUUUCUUGAAUAAAUGACACUAAUAUGAUGGCAGCAACCGUUGCUAGUGCCACAGUAAGAGCUGUGAAGAGAAAAUUGCUACCAACAAGGGCUGCUCUUGUCCUGACGCCAAAUGCAGUCAACAGAAUUAAACUACUUCUACAAGGAAAAGAUGAAUUCGUGGGUCUAAAAGUGGGUGUUCGACAAAGAGGCUGCAAUGGUCUGUCUUACACACUGUCAUAUGCAAAGCAGAAAGAAAAUUUGGAUGAAGAAGUUAAGCAGGAUGGCGUUACUGUUUUUAUAGAUAAAAAAGCACAGUUGACUCUGCUAGGCACCGAGAUGGAUUAUGUCGAGAACAAAUUAACCUCAGAGUUUGUGUUUAAUAAUCCCAAUAUAAAAGGAACUUGCGGCUGUGGAGAAUCCUUCAGUAUAUAAACGAGGAGUGUAAUAAAUAAAGUUUAUUUAUUGAACUGUAGUUGAAUAAAUUGUGUAGUAUAAAAUUCAAAAUGAUCUGAAAAUUCAGUCACAAUAUAAUAAAACUUAAAUAGAA